UUUGAAACAGAAUAAAACGCAUGCGCCCAUUAAUUUGGUCUAGUAGAUUAAGCCUGAUUUGGAAGAGCAUUGAAUCAGUUUAUAAUUUGUAUAGUUGUUCUUUUGACAAUACAAGACAUUUCAGGAACUAAAAGCCCAUCAAUACACCAGACAGCAUGCAUCGAUCGGCAGCCACGUCACAGUUCACAGGCCCACGACAAUUUUAAUGGGCCAACGGUUGAAAAGGUGCCUAGAUUACGAUCACGGUUACAACCUGCAGAUUAUUUGGCUAUGAGCUGUUUUCUGAAUGGAUUCCUGCUGAACUUCAAUAUACUUCAUGCUCUGAUGUCUGACAGCAAACAAAAGUCCAGCAGAGGAACAAGAAGAGAAAAUUUGUUUACUGACCAUGACUCCUCUCUCUGAACGGCUGAACCUUAUUGGCAGGCAGCCAAACAUAGCAAGAACACAGGUUGUGCACUGAAAAUGUUUGCUGCAAACUUGUGAUCCCCUACACACUUGCCAAUAUUAGGGAAGAGAGACAAGAACCAACAGCAAAAAUAGGCAAGAAGCUAAGCUGCCAAUCUGCCAUGGAUUCCAACUCCAUUACUUCCUUUAUGUCUUCCUCCUUGCCAACUUUUCCCCCUCCCUGCGGCUCUCCCCCUUACACCAUUACAAUCUUUUCUUCCAUUGGAGGAAGUAAAGGUUAGGUUUGUAGCAUAGGGAGAGUCUAGGGCGGAGAGAGACAGAGGAAGAAGAGGAAGAAGCUAUCGGCCACACGGUCAAUAAAGAGAGCGGCGAGAAUGGCGAGCAGGACGCAGUACGCCUUCUUGCUCCUCUCGGCCUUCAUGGCCUCCCUCUUCGCCGGCUCGGCCGCCGGAGUUUACCACAUCAUCGGCGCCGGCAAGGGGUGGCGGAUGGCUCCCAACAAGACCUACUACGCGGACUGGGCUCGCACCAGGAACAUCAGCGUCGGCGACAAGCUCAUGUUCCUGUACCGGAGCGGGGUGUACAACAUCGUGGAGGUGCCGACCAAGGAGCUGUUCGACGCGUGCAGCAUGAGGAACAUCACAAACCGGUGGCAGAACGGGCCGACCAUCAUCGAGCUCACCCAGCCCGGGCCGCGCUACUACUUCUGCGGCGUCGGCAAGCACUGCGAGGAAGGCGAGAAGGUGGCCAUCAACGUCUCCGUCUCCGCGCCCACGUUGCCCGACUCCGACGCCGACGCCGACGACGACGACGCGGACGACAGCGACAGCUCGGCCGCCACGCCGGCCACCGCCGCCGACCUUCUCAUCUACCUCGCCGGCCUCGCCGCGUGCUUGCUGCCGGCAUUGUUGCUAAUAUGAUCGGCAUGCGGAGUCGCAGCUGUGUGCAGUGUGUGUAUGUGUGCGUAUUGUGGCAGGCAGGUUGGGUGUGUCAGUGUGUGCAUUGUGACUGUUUCUUGCAACUGUGUGCGUGAUGAGAUUAGUACGGAGUAGGAAUUAACCUUUGGCUUUUGGUAGGAACAAAGAUUUUCUACACCUAGAUGCCAUGGCACCUAUCAUUUCCAUGCGACUCAAAUAGUUAUAGAAAAAUUUGAAAA